AUUAUAUAUUUACUUGUUCAUCCCAGUCAAUCCCAAAGCCGAAACCAUGAUGCUUCAAGCUCCUCAAACUCGAGCACUCAUUCUAAAAAUGGUGAAGAACCCACCUCUCAAAGCUCUCUCAUUCUUCAACUCUUCAAUCCUCCAAGGCCUGCAACACUCCCAUGAAUCCGUAGCCUUCACUCUACACAUUCUUCUUUCUUCCAACAUGCUCUUACAUUCUCAGUCCCUUCUUCUCCAGGUAAUCACAGGUAGAAUCUCCUCUCCUUUCUUCUCUUCUUUGUCUCUAUUCCAAUACUUAACUCAACCCACUCUUAGUUCCAAUUCGAUUAAUCAAAUCCUUCUGUAUGAAUCCAUUAUAAACGCCCAUGUUCAAUCCCAGUUACCCGAUGAAGCCAUUUAUUAUUUUAAUCAAAUGGUAGACAAAAACCCUGUCGUUAGACCCAAUAGUCUUAAUAACAUACUGAGUUUCCUUAUAAAAUUUGAUUCUUUCGAGAAAGCUUGGACGCUUUUUAAAGACUCCAAGGGGAAGGUUAAGUUGGAUGUCUAUAGUUUUGGGAUAUUAAUCAAAGGGUGUUGCGAGGCAGGUGAUCUAGGCAAGUUUGAGCUUUUAGAUCAGAUGGAAGAGUUGGGGUUUUCUCCAAAUGUUGUUAUAUACACCACUUUGAUCGAUGGGUGCUGCAAAAAUGGUGACUUGGAACGGGCAAAAAUGUUGUUUACUAAAAUGGAGGAGCUUGGUCCGGUUCCUAAUGAGUAUACAUACACGGUUUUAAUCAAUGGGUUGUUUAAAAAGGGACUUGGGAAAGAUGGGUUAGUGCUUUAUGAGAAGAUGCAGCGUAAAGGGGUGAUUCCGAGUUUAUACACAUACAAUUCUGUGAUGAAAGAAUACUGCAACGAGGGGAAAAUAGGUAAAGCUUUCGAGAUGUUCGAUGAAAUGCGUGAAAGAAGAGUAGCGUGUAACGUUGUUACGUACAAUAUAUUGAUCGGUGGGUUGUGUAGGGAGAAAAGGUUAUGGGAGGCUGAGAAAUUGGUGGGUCAAAUGGAAAGGUCUGGUAUAAGUCCAAAUUUGAUUACAUAUAAUUCACUAAUCGAUGGUUUUUGUAACGGUGGGGAGUUGGAGAAGGCUAUGUUUUUAUUUGAUCAAAUGAAAACCAAGGGUCAAUCUCCAUCUUUGGUGACUUAUAAUAUUCUUAUUUCGGGAUUCUCUAGAGCUAAAGACUCAACGAAGGUUGCUAAUUUGGUGAAGGAAAUGGAAGAGAGAGGUAUAAGGCCUUCUAAAGUAACAUAUACGAUCGUUCUCGAUGCAUUGAUUAGAUCGGAAAGCACAGAGAAAGCAUUCGAGUUAUAUUCGUUCAUGCAGGAGAAGGCCGGUUUGGUUCCUGAUGUUUACAUCUAUGGUGUCUUGAUACAUGGGUUGUGUGUAAAGGGCAACAUGAAGGAUGCAUGGAAACUAUUCAAAUCGAUGGGUGAAAUGCAGUUGAAGCCUAAUGAUGUUAUACACAACAUGAUGAUUCAGGGGUAUUGCAAACAGGGUAGCGCCUAUAGGGCCCUAAGGUUGGUUCAAGAAAUGGGGGAGAAAGGGCUGGUUCCUAAUGUGGCUAGCUACACAUCUGUUAUUGGAGUUCUCUGCAAGGAUGGGAAAUGGCAAGAGGCUGAGGCUUUAGUGAAGGAGAUGAUUGAGUCUGGAUUUAAACCUUCAGUCUCCAUGUAUAAUUUAAUCUCUAAAACAAAACACAAUACGUUGUUGAAGAUAUCUAGCUCAGAUUAA